AUGGACGUUCUCUCCGAAAUCGGUGCGCCCACGUUGGCCAUGGCAUCAGCUUUGUCCGUUGCCGCUGGGGCGUACCUGAAUGCAAAGCUCGCGAUUUCCACGGAUUUGGCAACAAUUUCCAAGGACAAGGCGUUCGUCAAGCGAGUAGGCGAGCGCAUCGCUAAGCUUGAUGGCUCAACAACGAUCUAUAAGAUGCUCGAGCGAGUCGUGGAGGUCGAUGGCCUGGGCGCGACAGAUGCGCUCUGGUUCGAGCAGAACACAUGGUCAUAUAGUAAACUCAAGGACCUCGUUGAUAGAAUGGCCGCCCUCUUGAAGGGCCGUGAUAUCAAUGCCGGCGACACAGUGGGCGUAUUCGCCUCCAACUCACCAGAAAUGGUGGUCAUUCUAUAUGCUCUCUCAAAGCUGGGUUCGGUGUCUGCUAUGAUCAACACCAAUCUGCGAGACGACACCUUCACCCACUGCCUGAACGUAUCAGGCUCCAAAUCAAUCAUUUCCACUGCCGAUCUGGCCCAAAAUGUCUGCGUGGACCUACCCCAUCUCACAUUAAAUAUCUCAUCCUUCGGAGGUGUCGAAACCGGCCCAGUAGAGCUCCUCACUCUGGAGACAUUGCAGCAAUUCUCUCCCUCAGGCCUACCAGCAGCCAAACGUACACCAAAGGAUCUAGCCGUCCUGAUCUACACAUCAGGAACAACAGGAAAGCCCAAAGCAUGCGCAAUUCGCAACAUGCUCACUCUGAUCACCUCAACACCCCUUUCCUCAGACGCCAACAAUCCCUCAAAGUACUACCCCAUGCGCAUAUACUCCUCACUCCCUCUAUUCCACGGCACGGCAUUCUUCACAGGCCUCUGCGGCGCAGUCGGUAACAGAGGAACACUCUGUCUCCGUCGCAAGUUCUCCGCCUCCCAAUUCUGGAAAGAUGUACACGACUCCGGUGCCACGCGCAUCUUAUACAUCGGCGAGUUGUGUCGGUAUCUCCUCUCUACCCCUGCAUCUCCAUAUGACCAGGAUCACAACUGCAUCGUGGCGACGGGGAACGGGUUGCGUGGUGAGAUUUGGGAGAAGUUCCGCUCGCGCUUCAAUGUGCCUGAGAUCCGUGAGUUCUAUCGCUCAACUGAGGGUGUUGCCAAGUUCGAUAAUCAUGGUGUUGGUGCGUUUGGUGCUGGAAAGGUUGGAUUCUCGGGACCUAUUCGGCGGUUCAUGGAGGAUGAUACUUUCAUCGUGAAGUAUGACACUGAUACUGAGAUGCCGUGGCGGGAUCCAGUAACUGGGUUCUGUGUUCGGUCUGGUCUGGGACAGGAGGGCGAGGCGAUUGGUCGAGUGCGUGAUCGCGGUCUGCUCAUUGAGUAUCUGGGCAAUGAAGGCGCGACUGAGGCGAAGCUUCUUCGGGACGUGUUUGUGAAGGGAGACUUGUUCCAGAGGACUGGUGAUCUGGUUGUGCAGGAUCAAUCUGGCUGGGUGAGGUUCCAAGAUCGAGUUGGUGAUACCUUCCGUUGGAAGGGAGAGAAUGUCAGUGCCGGUGAGAUCCGGGAUCAUAUCUGUCGCAUCGAAGGUGUGCACGACGCUGUGGUGUAUGGAGUGAAACUGAGCAGUUAUGAUGGCCAAGCUGGCGCUGCCGGUAUCACACUCGAGUCGCCCGCGGUCGAGAAUGAGGUGAUGUCUAUCCUGUACGAUGAGCUCAAGAAGAAGGGUGUGCCGUCGUACGCCUUCCCUCGGCUUGUCCGUCUCACUGAGAAGGUCGCAACGGGUGUCACGUUCAAGCAAGCUAAGGGAGACCUGGUGAAGAAGGGUUGGGAUCCUCGGAAGGAUUGCGCUGGUGACAUCUUGUAUUGGCUCGAUGGCACCAGAUAUGUGAAGCUGGGGGAGCAAAGUUGGUCGGAGAUCGAGAGCGGAAAGGCCAAGCUCUAA